AUGGGGAGGCGGGUCCGACGCCGCGGCUCCGCCGGCGCCCGCCGUGACUCGGUCACUCUCGGGCCCGCCGGCUCCCGGCUGCGGCGCCGCGCUCCGCAAACCCCGCUCCUCCCCUCCCCCGGCCCACCCCCCGCCCCUCUUCCCCGGCUCCCGGCCGCCGCCUCCUCCUCCUCUUCCUCCUCCUCCGCCUCCUUCCGCCGCCCGCACGCCGGCCCCGCCUCUCGCUGCCCGCGCCGGGCCCAGCUGCCCGGAGCCCCGCGGCCGGAGGGCGCGGCGGGGGCGCCGCGGAGGCGGCGGCGGCGGCGGCGACUCGGGCCGCGGCGUUUGGCCGCUCUCGCCGGCAGGCCGCGGUCGGGCGCCCGAGCCCGGCCUCGGCCUGGCCACCGCCGCGCCGCCGCGCCUCGCGCGCUUCGCCGUUGGGCCGGGCCGACCGCGACGGCAGGUGCUUCCCGGCAGCGAGCUGGGACCGCGGGAGGCUCCCGCCUUCGGGAGCUUGGUCGUCGGGCCGACCGCGGGAAGCGCCCUGCUGCUCUCAACCCCGACGGGAGGCUGCGCACCGGCCGGGGACACGUGUUUGUAUUUCUUUUUAAGCCAGAGCCCCGGCAGGAAAGGCGGCUAACCUCCGGGUGUUGUCCCACGUUGCCCGGCCCGGUGACGCGCGAUCGGGAGGACACGGGCGCGGGAGGCGGCUGGGCUUGGCUGCUGUGCCCCACGGCCGUCUGGCUCCUUGGGAACCAUCCCGGUGGAAGACUCCGCUCCCGCCUGCCCCGGUGUCCCGGCGGCCCUCGCGCAGUUUGUUCCAGCAUCUUGGCUCAGCCUGAGUGCUCCGCUUUGAAAACUAUUGGCAUUAUUCAUCAAAUAUUUAUGCAUCCCCUUAACCACGUGUCUGUUGGCAGCGUGGUUUGGUGGAAAGAAGCCGCACUUUGGAAUCAAGACAGAUCUGCCAUGGAUUCUGGAUCUGAUAUCCUCUGUAUAACCUUGGACAAGCUCACUGACCUUGCUGAGUCCCGUUUCCUUGUCUUUUGUUUGGUUUUUUACUGUUAUUUUAAUUUACCCUUUUAUAUUUGAAAUUCCUUUGUGUGUGUGUCUGUGUGUAUGCAAAAACCAGAACUGUGUCCUUUAGCUAAGUCUACCUAAAUUGGAUUCUAAAGUACUUCUUGCUUUGGGAUUAUUCUUAUUCCUUUCCACCAUUACUAGCUGUGUUACCUGGAGAUGAGAGCCUUCUUGUGCCUUUCCCAUCUUUAAAAUGGGCGUUAAAAAAAAUGGGCGUGAUUACAGAUAAUAAUAACAGCAAGUAUUUGGUGAAUUAAGAGCUAAAGUAUAUAUAAACUAGCAGGGGACACAAUAAAAGCAGUUUGUUACAGUAUUUCUUAAAUCUGAUUUAAGAGGUAUCUUGAUUUCAAAGAUAUAAAAAGCUCGUCUUAAAGGCAAGGAAAUAUUCCGUCACUCAGCUCUACCCAAGGGCUUGUGUGUGUUUGGUGGUAAUUAAUGAUCAGCCAAACUAAGGUUUAAACAAACACUGCCUUAAAUGAGGACUUUGUCACCAGAAAUAUUUCCAACGCAUGUAUGGAGCUUUUGCCUGAGUCCAGUCCCGCACAGCUUGAAAAGGUUCAUCAAGGCCAUAAUGGGGUUUGGUGGGAUA